AUGACAUUCCCAACCUCACAGGGUGGCGAGCAAUUCAUUGUCUUGGGUCCUCUCCUAGCCUCUCCUGCCUUACUGAUCUUCAGAUAUAACAGUCCCUACAACCAGUACGAGGGCCUUAGGCAUCGAGUUGAAUUGAUCUUUCACAUUUCUGUUGAAGUAUUGUGUGUAUACGUGUGUGGGAUACUCUUAGUGGUUGUUUUGGUAACGUAUCUCCUGACUCUGGUGGGAAACACAGUCAUCAUUCUGAUCGCUUCCAUUGACCCUAAUCUCAAAACACCCAUGUACUUUUUCCUCACCCACCUCUCCCUAGUUGAUAUCUGCUUUACCACCAGUAUUGUCCCCCAGCUGCUGUGGAACCUCAGGGGACCAGCCAAGACCAUAACCGCCCUGGGCUGUGCUGUCCAGCUCUAUGUCUCCCUGGCUUUGGGCUCCACUGAGUGUGUUCUCCUGGCUGUCAUGGCUUUUGAUCGCCAUGCUGCCGUUUGCAAACCUCUCCACUAUGCAGCUGUGAUGAACCCACGGCUGUGCCAGGCCCUGGCAGGGGUUGCAUGGCUGAGUGGAGUAGGAAACGCUCUCAUCCAGAGCACUGUCACCCUCUGGCUGCCUCGCUGUGGACACCGGCGGCUCCAUCAUUUCUUCUGUGAGGUGCCUUCCAUGAUUAAGCUUGCGUGUGUGGACAUCCACACCAAUGAGGUCCAGCUAUUCAUUGCAUCCCUGGUCUUGCUCCUCUUGCCCUUAGCACUGAUACUGCCGUCCUAUGGACACAUCGUCAAGGCAGUUACUAGGAUCAAGUCAGUCCAGGCCUGGCGCAAAGCCCUGGGGACAUGUGGAUCCCACGUGAUGGUAGUGUCCCUCUUCUAUGGGACCAUCACCGCUGUGUACAUCCAGCCCAACAGCUCUUACGCCCAUACUUCUGGGAAAUUCAUCUCCCUCUUCUACACGAUGCUGACUCCAACCCUCAACCCUCUCAUCUACACACUGAGGAAUAAAGAUGUGAAAGGAGCUAUGAGAAGACUAUUUUAUAGGGGUUGGGCUCAUAAAAAACAAAGCAGAGCACACAGUUGUCAGUUUUUUUUUUAUAGUAAAAAGAAACCAAAGUCAUCUGUACACUCCUUCUCUAAAGUACUUUACUAA